UUUUGUUAUUUCUUUUUAUUUUGUUUUCCUUUUGAUUGGGAGAUACUAUUGCCCUAUCAUAUUUGCUCUUCAGUUACUUGACAGGUCUCACUCUCCGCAAUAUAUAUAUUUUUUUUACUUAUUGUACUGUUGCAUAUAUUUAAGGAACAAUAAAAAAUGAAUUCCUAUGAUGAUCCUAAUGCUGGUCAAAAUCAACAACUGCAAGCCACAUCUCAACCAGCUAAUUCCCGAGACGCUAUGUCAUUUAUUUUAUAUAUGUACUAUAUGUACUCUAUUUCGUAGGCCGAUGUACAUAGCUCACCUAUACCUACUAGUAUGAUGACUGCAACAGCACAGCCAACUCAGGUAGUUGUGCCCACUGCACCUGUUGUUGUAGAAGAAGAACCUUUAUACGUAAAUGCUAAACAAUAUCAUCGAAUUCUUAAGAGACGAGCAGCUCGUUUAAAGCUCGAAGAGAUGCAUAAAUUAGAAAGGACAAGAAAGCCGUAUCUUCAUGAAAGUAGACAUCGACAUGCUAUGCGUCGUCCAAGAGGUCCAGGUGGAAGAUUUUUAACUGCUGCUGAAAUUGCUGAACUAGAAAAGAGUGGAAAAUUACCAGCAAAGGAUAAUAA